AUGCCCGACCUUAGAAAGGGUAGUUUUGUGGACAAGAAAGUAGAGGCAUCAGAGAUCUUCCAGGAAUUCCAACUCAGACUUACAUUCACGCAUGAGGUUUUUCCAUUCACUGUUGACCUUACUUCCUUUCGUGAUGGCAUCGAGACCAACUCUUUUGAAUCAGACUCAAAGAUGACCUGUUUGAGGUCUAGAGUCCUUGCAAUUUGGAUUCCUGUCCUUAAUGCCCAUGCCUCUGCUUCUUCAAUCGAGCUAGCUUAUCCCAAGUGCAUAGAGCGUCCUUACAGCUACGCAGACGCUGUAGCUAUGGAUCACAAUGUGGUCGGAGGAAACCCUACUGGGAGCACAGCAGGUCUAGCAACUCCGGCCAGUCAGAUCCAAGCUAAUCAGAGUCCAGCGCACAGAGUAGAUGAGCUAGAUGAUCCUUUGUAUCUCCACGCUACUGAGAAUCCAAACACCAUACUCGUCUCACCUCCCCUCUCUGAAAGCAACUACGCAACUUGGAGCAGAUCCAUAAAAAUAGCUCUCGGCGUGAAGAAUAAGUUUGGUUCCGUCACUGGUGCCAUUCCUUGUCCGACUCAAUCAGAUGUGAGAUAUGGUACUUGGAAGAGGUGCAACGAUAUCGUCAGUGCCUGGACUCUGCGAUCACUCAAUCCUUCCAUUGCUGAAAGUGUUCUGUACUUUGAGAUAGCAGAGGACAUCUGGAAUACCUUGAAGAAGAGGUACUCCCAGGCAGAACUACACAAAAUUACCGAAAUCCAGAAUAAAUCUAUAGAAGUGUGCAAGGCUGUGAGACCCCUGCCUAUCUGCGAAUGCACACCUAGAUGUAAUUGCACUCUUAUGAGUAAAGUUAAAAAGGAUAGGGAGGAUGAUCAAGUGAUUAGGUUUCUAGAAGGUUUAAGUGAUGAAUAUGAAACCAUAAAAUCUGGUGCACUUGUCAUGGAUCCCCUUCCUAACAUGGAAAAAGUGCUUAACGUGGCUCUGAAAUUGGAAAGGAAACUUAAUAGUGCCAGUAGCUAUAAGAAUUCUAAAGUUGUGCAGUCCAAUGCUGUUCAAAACCAAGGUGGAGAUGAUCAGAAUAUUGUAGCAGUAACUAGCUCUAACAAUAAGAAGAAAUUUAAUGGUUAUGAAGGGAAAAAUGUUGCUGAUGUGGGGCUAUCAGCUGAUCAAUUUCAGAAGUUAGUCUCUGUUCUGCAAGGUCAGAAUCAAGGAAGCCAAGGUGGUCAAGCUUCCACCAAUGCUGCCAUCACAAUGAGUAAGAUUGGCAUGAGGCCAAAGUUCAUUCCAACAGGAGCAACUGAUCACAUCACUUGUUCUUUGGAUUACAUUGAAAACUAUCAUAAAAUUCAUGGCAUCUUUGUUAAAUUGCCUAAUGGAGAAUCUGUGCAGCUGACAAAACAAAAUGAUUGUACCCUUGUCAUGAAUGCUGAUCUAUGUGAUAUUCUGGGGCUACAUGGGAUAAUGGAUGGUUUUGCUAAGGCAAAAUAUGGGCUCUACCUACUUAAUCAUCCUCCUGCCAAAAUAAGACAAUGUGUUGAUAGUGUUGAUGCUCACAAACACUGUAAUAGCUUAUCUUUACAGUUGUGGCAUAAUAGAUUGGGGCACUACCCUGCAGAUAAGAAAAGGCCAGUUUUCCCCGUUAGUACUACAAGAACUGAGAAAAGUUUUGAUCUAAUGCAUUUGGAUGUUUGGGAACCCUUUGCUGUUUCUUCUCUUAAAAGAGAACACUAUUUUCUCACUAUAGUUGAUGAUUAUAGUAGGUUUACUUGGAUACAUUUGAUGAAAAAUAAGUCUGAGGUUAAGGGGCUGUUUCAAAACUUUUAUCAGUAUGUUGAUACUCAGUUUUCAGCAAAAAUCAAGGCAGUAAGAUGA